CCACGUCAGACACAGUGCCACAUAAGCAGUGCCACGUCAGCAAUGCCAUGUCAGCAACAUGACGGGCCUGCCAGGCCAACUGGCCAAUGAGCCCAUUGCCGAUUACAAAAAGCGCUUUCAGGCUCAGCUCGCUGUAAUCGAGGCUGAGGAACAACGCCAGCUGGCAGUCAAGGCUGCCCAGCUACAGGCUGAAGAAGCGGCAACAGCAGAGAAGCUGCGGCUACAGGCCGAAGCAGACGCAGAUGCCCAGGCUCGCUGCAAGGAAGCCCAGGAUCUGCUGCCGCGGCAUGAAGCCAACAGCAUCGAGAGACUCAAGUACUGGCAUUUUGAACCGAACGGCGACGAGGCAACACCGGAAGAGCAGCACAAGGAGUUCAUGGCCAAGCUCGUGACCAGGCUGGUUUACACUUGUAACCACCUACAGUCCGAGCUGGCGAACCUUCAGCGGGCCGUGCGGAACCAUAAGAUUCAGCACGAGGAUGCCACACGGGCACUGGACGCCCGUGUACUGGACCUGGAACAGGCUGUACCAGGACCAGAUGCUGGAGCUUCCAGCAGUGCAUCCUCUAGCCGCCAACUGGAGGAACGCGUUGACCUCGUAGUGGCAAUGCUAGGAGACAUAAGUGCCUUCACAGAGCCGGCCACCAUCAACCAGCGGUUCGAGUUGCUGGACACUAAGAUCAGUCAGCAACAGCAGACUGACCACAGCCACAACAAAAGCUUGGCGAGGCCAUACAAGAUGCCGACUGCUCUGUUCAUCAACACCAAGGGAGGUUGUCAGAUCUGGCUCAGCCACAUGGCAACCAUCCACGGCGUCCAGGUUUCAGACCUGUACAAGAAUGUCUCCUGGGAGGACAUGACGAAGGAAUGGAAGAAGCGGUUCAUCGUCGACGAUGCCCCGGCACUCGCCAUCAACCGCAUCUUCACGAUGGCUCAAGGGAGCACACCGACACGUGACUCGCUCACGGAUUGGCAGAAGAUCGUGGCAACGCCCGAUUUGGACUUGCCAUUUCCGCAUCUGCGGCGUGAGUUCUACAACAGGUCAUGCGCCGCUCUCAGCCUUGCACUUGGUGAUCGCGAGCAGUACAACACUUUCGCAGAGAUCAUCAACAAGGCAAGGGAGAUCAUCAAGACUAACAGGGCAGCUGCACACGAGAAGUCAACGUGGCAGCCAACCUAUGUGGAGAAGGUAAGAACUGGUCCGCGACAGCAGCAGUUCGCUGCAGUCCAGUCGGACAGUGGAGAUAACCCAGCAGCCACUCCAGCAUCAAGUGACGGAGAUCAGGUGGCUGCUGUCCAGCCGCGAAGCACCAACAACUCCCGCAACAAUGGGAAGGCGAAAUCCGCAUCGCAGGCCGGAAUUGAACAGCCAGUACAAGUUCCAUGGGUCAGGUUCGGCUUGAUCGAGGCGGAGUACAAGGUCCGCGGCCGCUACGGCAACUUCUAUUGGUGCAACAGCACCAAGCACAAGACCUCCCUGUGCCAGGAUCAGGGCAAGGAGGAUGUGCCAUUCGUAUUCGAUGACGAUGCACGCCGGUCAUUCCAAGCACUUAAGACGGCUAUGCUCAUGGCACCCGUCCUUAGCAUCUAUGACCCCACCCUGGCGACGCGAGUGACUACGGACGCUUCCGGCUAUGGCAUUGGGGCAGUCUUGGAACAGCACGACGGCGACGACUGGCACCCUGUGGAGUAUUUCAGCCACAAAGUGCCUCCCAUCAACUCGCUUGAUGAUGCAAGGAAGAAGGAGCUGCUCGCAUUCGUGAUGGAUCUCAAGCGCAAGCGACACUUCCUCCUUGGGCGUCAUAGGUUCACAUGGGUCACAGACAACAAUCCAUUGACCUUCUACAAGAUGCAGGACACGGUGAGCAGCCAAUCGGACGAUGGAUGUACUUCAUCGACCAAUUUGACUUCACACCGAAACAUGUCCCUGGCCUCUCGAAUCGCGCAGCAGAUGCACUCUCGCGAAGACCCGAUCUUUGCGCUAUGGCACAUCAUGCCUUCGCAUUCGAUGAGGAGCUUCAGCGACACUUCAUCCGGGCAUAUUAGUCUGAUCUGGACUUCGACACGCUCUAUGCACAGCUAUCUUCGGAUCACCCGCCGGCCAGCCAUUACCGCGUUGCCGACGGGUACUUGCUCCUCCACUCGAGAGGCAAGGACUUACUAUGUGUCCCACGCGACCGUCGUCUUCGGACUCGCCUCCUCGGCGAGUACCAUGAUUCACCACUCGCCGGCCAUUUCGGAGUCAACCGCACUAUUGCACGGCUUCGACAGCGAUUCCGAUGGCCCGACCUCAUUACCGAUGUCACUCGGUAGUGCGACUCUUGCGAAGUUUGCCGACGCAGCAAGCCCCGCAACCGCAAUCCCUACGGCGAGUUAUACCCGAUGCCUAUCCCACGGGAACCCGGUCUCUCCAUUGCCAUGGACGUCACCGGUCCGUUUCCUCGCGACCGACUCGGGCACGACGGCAUCCUCACGGUUGUGGACCGAUUGAGAGUCCGGCACAACAAUGAAACCAAGUUCGGCUC